CAUCAGCAACAGCAACAUGAACAAUUACAAAUUAAACAAGAACAAUUAGAACAAAAUCUGCAAGGAGAAGAAGAAGAACAACAACAACAGCAGCAAGAUGAACAACAUCGGCAAGAUGAAGAACAACAACAGCAAGAAGAGCAAAUGUUAUCGCGCGAUGCAAUGGCCGAAGCUGGCUUAUUACAAGUUAAACUUGAACCACAAAUACAAAUUAAAGAGGAAUUUUCGGAAGCGUCAUUAAAUAAGAUGAAUAAAAAUAGCAACGAAAGAAAUAAAGUUAAUUGCAAGCGUUGGCGAGAAAAGUUGAAGGAUGAUGAGAUAAAAUUACAUAAUAUUAAAUUAAGAAAUCAAGAAAGAAUGCGGAUUGCUAGGCAAAGGUGGAAAAAGUUGGCUGAAGGCAAUGAAGAGAUGUUAGAAGAGAAAAGACGCUAUGAGCGCAUACGUAAACGACAAGCACGCCAGAAGCGCGCUGAAAUGCGUAAAAUAAAUGUAAAGCCAAGGGAAGCAGACAAAGAAGGCAAACAAAGUUUGGUUGAUGAAAUGAUAGAAAACCAGGAAGAUGCAUUGACGAAAGAUAUGCAGAAAGAAAUAAAACCGCUUAACUUUCCACGGCGUAAAGUGCAAACGGAACGUUCUGAUACGUUGCCAAUUUGUCAGCGCUGCAAACAGGUCUUCCUCAAAAAGCAAAGCUACACCAGACACGUUUCGCAGAGUCUUUGCGAAAUAGUCGAAUAUGACUUUAAAUGCUCCAUAUGCCCAAUGUCAUUUACAUCCAGCGAAGAGUUACAAAUACACGAGCAACUACAUCGUGAGAAUAUGUAUUUUUGUCACAAAUACUGUGGCAAAUAUUUCGACACGAUUGAACUGUGCGAGGUGCAUGAGUAUAUGCAGCAUGAAUAUGUCAAUUAUAUCUGUAAUGUUUGUUCGGCGGGUUUCGCUAGCCGUGAUUUGUUAUUCGCACACAUGCCACAACACCGUAACCAGCAACGCCAUGAUUGUCCGGUAUGUCGUUUGUGGUUUCACACAGCCAUACAAUUGCAUCAGCAUCGCCUGGCAGCGCCAUAUUUUUGCGGAAAGUUUUACGUGGGUAGACGCGGUAGCGGUGCUGAAGCCAGCGUCAUGCCACCUGCUGUACCUUAUGGACCUGUGCCGCCGUCGCCAUCACCUGCAACUAAUUAUAAUCUGCAAGACUGUUCAAUGGGCGUCAUUGAAAUGCCCGGCAGCAAUAGUUUCUCAUCUUAUCUGCAAAAUCGCGCCUUCCACCAUCAACAUCCACCGCAGCAGCCACAUCCGCAUUUCGCACAACAACCACAUAUGGCGCGUCAACAACACUCGCUACACCUUCAACAUGCACAGUAUCCACCACAACAAGCACAUCAUUCAACACCAACAGCAGACUUUAUGCGCCGCAGCAGUGUGAGCGGUGUGGAUGGCGAACGGAAUUCGAGUGAAUUUCAAAUGCCAAAAAUUAAAACAGAAAUAAAAGUUGAACCUGACAUUUUUCCCACACCCGAUUAUCCGUUGCAAACACCACUACCACCACCACCACUGCCACCGCCACCGUUAGGCGUACAACAGCAUUCACCGUUGCCCUCACCAACGCGUCAGCGCCGCUUUGGUGAUUAUUCAAAUGAAUCUUUUGGCAAUAGCGUCGAUGGUGGUGAAAACUCACAUCCGUUUGGUGCGCACAACAAUAGUGGUAGCGGCAGCAAUAGUAACGGUAAUGAAUUUCCUCAAGCCAGCAAUUCGACUUUGCAACGACAUUUAAGUGCCAACAGCAAUGGUAGCAAUCAUGCACCAAAGUCAGCACAGUAUCCGAGUGUCAAUUUCCAAUUUCCCACCUCGCCAGCUAUUUCGCGCACGCGCGUUGUUGAUACCGGCGAGGAUGGCGCGGUAUGCUGCGUGCCACAUUGCGGCGUCACCAAACAAUCCAGCCCGACAUUGCAGUUCUUUACAUUCCCCAAAGAUGACAAGUUUUUACAUCAAUGGUUACAUAAUCUCAAAAUGUUACCAGAGCCUGGCUCUAAUUAUGGCCAAUAUCGCAUUUGCAGUUUGCAUUUUCCAAAACGCUGUAUCAAUCGCUAUUCGCUUUGCUAUUGGGCCGUGCCCACAUUUAAUUUGGGUCACGAUGAUGUCGCAAAUUUGUAUCAGAAUCGUGAAAUCACCAACACAUUCACUGUGGGUGAUCGCGCACAGUGCAGCAUGCCUGGCUGCCCGAGUCAGCGCGGCGAGAGUAAUUGUAAAUUCUAUAAUUUCCCCAAUGAUAUGAAAACGCGCAUCAAAUGGUGCCAGAAUGCGCGUCUGCCGGUGCACAGUCGUGAGCCGCGCCACUUUUGCAGCCGUCACUUUGAAGAUCGUUGCUUUGGCAAGUUUCGUUUAAAGCCUUGGGCGGUGCCGACACUACAUUUGGGCACGCCAUAUGGCAGAAUACACGAUAAUCCGGGCGUAUUCUAUUUAGAGGAGAAAAAAUGUUGUUUGCCACAUUGCAAGCGUACGCGGUCAUCUGACUUCAAUCUCUCACUGUAUCGUUUUCCACGCGAUGAAGUGCUUUUACGUCGCUGGUGCUACAACUUGCGUCUAGAUCCGGCCAUAUAUCGUGGGAAAAAUCACAAGAUUUGUAGUGCGCACUUUAUAAAGGAGGCGUUGGGCUUGAGAAAACUGUCGCCAGGUGCCGUGCCAACCUUGAAUUUGGGUCAUAACGAUCGCUUCAAUAUUUAUGAAAAUGAGUUGCCCACACCACCUGCGGUGCCGGCCUCGAAAAUGUUUAAUUUCCAUAAUGUAUCCACGCCACCGUCGGCGUACAGCGGACAUCGUCACAGCAUUGCAUCGAGCAGCAGUCACAGUGAACGCAUGUAUACCAAUCCUGUCUCAAAAUUGAAAUUUAGCAUUUCGAAUAUUACUGCCGGCGAUAUGAGUGCCAUGAGCAGUACGACAACACAAAAUAUGUUGGACGCUUUGGAUGUAUGCUUUGUGCCCAGCUGUAAGCGUAAUCGCAAUGUUGAUAAUGUAACACUACACACAAUACCACGUCGUCCGGAGCAGAUGCGCAAGUGGUGCCAUAAUUUGAAGAUACGCGUAGAAUCUUUACACAAGGGUGUGCGCAUAUGCAGCGCACACUUUGAGCCAUAUUGCAUUGGUGGCUGCAUGCGUCCAUUUGCCGUGCCCACAUUAAAUUUGGGUCAUGAGGAUCCGAAUAUUUAUCGUAAUCCCGAUGUCAUUAAGAAACUGAAUAUACGUGAAACGUGUUGUGUACAGGACUGUAAACGCAACCGUGAUCGUGAUCGUGCCAAUUUACAUCGUUUCCCAUCCAAUUAUGAAAUGCUUACCAAAUGGUGUGAGAAUCUCUUGAAACCAGUGCCGGAUGGCAGUAAACUAUUCAACGAUGCAAUUUGUGAGAUGCAUUUCGAAGAUCGUUGUAUACGCAAUAAACGCUUGGAGAAAUGGGCUGUACCAACGGUGCGACUGGGGCACACUGAAGAGCCCAAACAUCGUUUGCCGACCGAUGAAGAGAUAGCUGAACAAUGGCCGAAGCCGUUAAUGCCUAAUAGAGGCAUCGAUGAGGGCGAAUGCUGUGUGUCAACAUGUCGUCGAGAUCCCAAAAUCGAUGAUGUCAAGCUCUAUCGUACACCUGAGGAGCCAGAGUUGUUGGCCAAGUGGGCGCACAACUUACAAACCGAAAGUGAGGACCUCACAACAUUACGCAUUUGCAAUCUACACUUUGAAGAGCAUUGUUUCAGCAAAAAGCGACGCUUACAUUACUGGGCUUUACCUACACUCAAUUUGGCUAACAGCGUUGAACAACUAUAUGAGAAUCCAGAACCGCUGGCGCCGCCAGUGAUCAUAAAGAGCGAAUCAAAACGUGAACGACGACGCAUGCGCGAUCCCAAUGAGCCGCAUAAACCGUGGACGCCACGUUGUAGUCUGCCACACUGUCGGAAACGACGCGAUACAGACCGCGUACAACUCUUCCGUUUCCCCGUACUCAAUCGUCCCAUGUUGGCUAAGUGGUGUCACAAUUUGCAAAUGCCAAUCGUUGGUAAUGGCCAACGACGUGUGUGCUCUACACAUUUUGAGCCACGCGUGCUCUCCAAACGCUGUCCCAUACCGAUGUCUGUGCCAACAAUUGAUCUGAACACGCCGCCCGGUUAUAAAAUCUAUACCAACCCAGCACGCUUAAAAGCCAUCAAGCUGUGCAUGCAACAGGUCUGCUGCAUUGCGUCCUGCAAGCGCACACGUGCCGAUGGCGUACAACUCUUUCGCUUUCCCCAUAGUCGCACGGUGUUGCGCAAGUGGUGCCACAAUACCCGUCAUCAAGCACGUGAAGCCAUUCGUGGUCAAUAUCGUGUGUGUUCGCGUCAUUUUGAGCCGCAUGCAUUCGGCGCUAAACGUCUAAUGCCCGGCGCAAUACCGACUUUGAAUCUGGAUCCGGAAGUUGAGGAUGCGUUCGCGAACGAAGCACAAAGUUUCGCUGAAACUCAGUGUGUGGUAAACGGCUGUGUCGCCAGCAAGGAAUUAGACGGCGUGCGGCUCUUCAAGUUUCCCAGUGAUGAUGAGGAUUUACUGUGGAAGUGGUGUAACAAUUUGAAAAUGAACCCAAUUGAUUGUCGUGGCGUGCGCAUAUGCAAUCGCCAUUUCGAAGCGGAGUGUGUGGGUCCGAAGAUGCUCUAUAAAUGGGCUGUACCUACCCUGGACUUGGGUCAUAAUGAUCCGGAAAUUGAAUUGGUGCCAGUGCCGCCACCAGAAGCGCGUUACGGCGAUGUGGUGACCAAGUGUUGCGUGCCCACAUGUGGCAAGUCGCGUAAAUUCGAUGAUGCACAAAUGAAUAGUUUCCCGAAAAACUUACGCCUGUUCCGCUAUUGGAAACACAAUCUCAAAUUGGAUUAUCUCGAUUUUAAGGAUCGCGAAAAAUAUAAAAUUUGCAGUGACCACUUUGAACCAGUGUGCUUGGGCAAGAUGCGUCUCAAUUACGGCGCUAUACCAACACUUAAUCUCGGACACGACGACACCGAUGACCUCUACCCAGUCGAUCCGGCGAAGAUACAAGUCUCACUUUUCGGUAAAAUGCGUCCGCGUUUUGCUAGCGAAAAGGAUGCGGCUGAGUUGGAGAUUACCGCCGGUGGUGAUGAUGACGUAAAAUGCUCCUACCCUAACUGCAGUGCAACUAAGCUAUUGCUUAGCGAGCCGUAUGAUAUGCCAGCCGCAUUACCGUUACACGCGCUCUGGUGCGCACAAAUGAAAGUGGAUACGGAAGCGCUGAGUGAGACACCAAAAUUGUGUGGUCUCCAUUUCAUAAAACUCUACACAUCCACAUUAGAUGCCGCAAAUGCUUUAGCAGAGGGCGACGAAGAAUUGAGCGACGCCAUGAAAGCGCUGAAAGCGACUUAUGAAAAAUGUUGUGAGUCGCCGAAGGUUUGUAGCGCACAGUGCUCUGUCGCCGGCUGUAACAGCAGCCAGGUGAGCAGUAGUCGCACGUCGCAGCGUCUCUACCUUUUCCCCGCCGCAUCAGGUAGUGGCGCGGAAUUAAUAGAAAAAUGGUGUGAUAAUGUAGGCGUAGAAGUGUCCGAACUCACUCGCUACACACAUCGUGUGUGCGCGCGCCAUUUCGAAGCAGAGUGCAUUGGACCGACUCAACGUCUGCGCUCAUGGGCCAUACCUACUUUACAACUCAAACAUAAAACGGAAAGUGAAAUACAUGCAAUACCAGAACUUGGCAGCGCGUCACGUCCACAUGAAGCGCGUUGCUGCGUGGCGACAUGUGCGCGUGAGCGCGGUGACUUCGAAACAAUGCGACUCUUCAGUUUUCCCAUCGUCGAUGACGUGCUUGAUAAGUGGCUGCAUAAUUUGCAAUUGACACGUAGUCAAUGUGCACGUUUACGCGUCUGCGAGCAACAUUUCGAAGCGCGUUGUAUUGUUAAGGCGCGUCUACUACGUUGGGCGGUACCCACUCUACUGUUGGAACGUAAUGCAGAGGAGAUCUUACAAAACGAACCGCCUGUGCAGGCUGCGGCGCCAACAGCGCCGCCAACCGAAGAACUGGACGGUGUUAAUACCAACGCUGCCGAUGAAGAUGUGGAUAAUAAUGAUGAAGACAGUGGCGAAUUGGUGGCAGUGCCCAAUGUAAAGAUGAAAAAAUCACUUGGUAUUGUCAAAUGCUGCGUAAAGAGCUGUAGACGCAGUCGCCUAGAACAUGGCGUACGUCUCUUUCCAUUUCCAUCAAGUCAUCAAACUAUGCGCAAAUGGUGUCAUAACCUUAAAAUGUCGCUCGACGAAGUUACAGAUCCCGCUAUACGUAUUUGCAGCAUGCACUUCCAUAAGCGCUGCAUGGACGGCAAAGAGUUACGACCCUGGGCCAAGCCAACGUUAGAGCUCGGUCACACCGGCCACAUCCAUGAGAAUCCCAAAAAUGUACCCGGCAUUUUUCUGCCUAAAUGCUGUUUACCACAUUGUCGUCAGCGGCGCACAAUCGAAAAUGACUUGCGUACAUUUGGCUUCCCUAAAGAAGAGACUUUGUUGCGUAAAUGGUGCGCGAAUUUGCGUAUGCAGCCAAGCGGUAAUCAUGCGCGCAUCUGUAUGUCACACUUUCCACCCGAAGCCAUGGGCAACAAGAAGCUGCGUUCAAAUGCGGUACCCACACUAAAUUUAGGUCACAACGAGCCAUUGGAGUAUGACAACAAACUGCUGAUUGCAUCGGCGCCAAGCGGACAGAAGGCGAGAAAUCCUUUGGAGGAGGAUAAAAAUGAAUCCAACUCUGACGGCAGCGACGCUGAGCUCGACACUUCCGCCCAAUACGAUGAUGACGAACAAAUGAACGAUGACGACGAUGACAAUGAUUACCGUGUCGACGAAGAAGAAGAGGAAGAUGAAGAAAAUGAUUUCUAUGCUUCCGCAGGUGUGGCCAAUAGCGACGAUGAAGAGGAAGAAGAAACAGUCGAAGACUUUACACCCAGCAUCAGCGCGGCAACCGGCGACGACGAUGACAUGUAUAGUAAUGCCGAAGCGCGUGCUGACGACAAUUUUAUUGCCGAUUCAGAAGAAGAGGAUGAUGAUGUUGAGGAUGAUGGUGAAGAUGAGAGGGAUAUCUACGGUAAUGAGGAAGAUGAAGAGGAAGAAACUGACGAGGAGGAGGAGGAGGAGGAUGACGAGAGUAUCACCGAAAAUGUGUAUAAUAAUGACGACGAAGAUGAUGAAAGCGAAAGUGAAAGUGAUGUUAAUGGGGAAGAAAAUAAUGAGGAUAGCAAAGACGCUGAAAUCGAUGAUGAUGACGUGGAAAUGCUAAUGAACGCCGAUGAUGAUGAAGAUGAUAAAAGUAGCUAUAAUGCUUGCGAUCCAUUGGACUUUGUGGAAUGUGUUAAUCAAACCGAUGGCGCGUCACAGGAUAAACCGCCAGCGGCAGCUAGUAAGCGUAGCAAAGCGCGUUUAUCAACCAAAAAUUUACGUAAAAGACCAAUUUCCGCUUCGCCUGAAAAUUUCGAAGAUGACUCCAAUACGAACUAUUGCAAUGCAGAUGAAACAACUCGUUUCACUGCCACCACCUCAAACUCUGCCUCGGCAACAACAACAUCUGGUUCCGCCUCGGCUUCGGCUUCGGCUUCAGCAGUCGCAUCCAGUGCAAGAAAAUUUGGCGGCGGAAAAAUAAAUCGUUCGGUUUUUCGGCUUUCCUGCCUCAUACCACGUAGGAAGAAGAAAGCACCACCGGAUCCGCCACCUGACGUGCAAAGCGCGCGACCAAUACAAAGACUGUCGUUGAAUAGAAUAACGCACAAGAGCGCACGUACACAGCGUCAACAUGCUCAAUGUGCGGUAAGCAAUUGUGGACGCGGUUUCGGAGUGCCGUUGUAUCGCUUUCCCGCCUUUGGCAGUCGUUUUUACGGACGUUGGUGUGCGCAAUUAAACGUUGAGGUAACACAAGCGCCACGCUUACGCAUCUGUUACCGACACUUUGCUUACAGUUUGGUCGAUCGGCGCCUUAGACGCCUGCGCUUUGGCGCCAUACCAACACGAAAUUUGCAUGACACGCUUAGCGCCAGCAAAAGUAAUGUGUACGCGCUCUUUAGAACGCCCGAAAAGGCCGCGCAAUUAGUGUCACCCCUACCGAAACACAGAACGCAACCAACAAGCGCCACUCUAAACGUCUAUAACCGCUGCUGUGUGCCCCACUGCGGCAAGUCGCAUCAAGUUGAUGGUGUCACACUGUUUCGUUUUCCCAAGUUGCGUUCUCUCUAUCUACAAUGGACCACGAAUUUGCAUUUAAAGCCCACAUUACGUCUGGUGCAAGUCUACAAAGUUUGUAGCGAUCAUUUUGAGCGCGAGUGUCUCAACUAUCAGCGCAAUGCCCGCGCAAGCCUUAAAUAUGGCUCUGUACCAACGCUGAAGCUGGGUCAUAAUGAUGACCUGAACAUCUGUGAGCAAAAUGCCACGCUCUCGCCACAAAAACGCCGUGGAGCCGCUGCCAAACGUAAAGUGCGCCCGCCGAAGAGUAUCAACGAAUGCGCCGUACACGAUUGCAGAAUGGCGCAAUUCUUACAAAUGUCACUCUACGCUUUACCCAGCACGCGCAAGCUUCAAGAGCGCUGGUGCAACUAUUUCAAAUUGAGCUUCGAAGGCGCGCCGAAAAAUGCGAAUGAGUUCUUCCAAAAUGUACGUCUAUGCCCGCUGCACUACAUGGAGGGUUAUCAAAUGGCCACGCACGUUGAUGGUGCACGCAAAGCCAACUCAACAGCGCUGGAAGAAUUAGAGACAAAUUAUACGCGCAUUACCAGUUCGGCGCGCAUACAAAUGAUGAAAUGCUGUGUGCCAAAUUGCUCGACGAAAUUCACCGAUAACUUACGCUUGACUGCCUUCCCCAGCGCGGAGGAGUUGCGCGCCAAAUGGCAGCAUAAUACUCAGGUAUCAUUCAGUUCGUCGCAUCGUUAUUUAUAUAAAGUGUGUGCGCUGCAUUUCGAAGCGCGUUGUUUUGCGAAAAAGCGUCUCUUUAAGUGGGCUCUGCCAACACUAAAUCUACCGAAGCCACCGACGCUCGACGUAACACAUACAAUUUUUGAAAAUCCCAGCGUCGACGUGGCUGUAGGGAACGCAAAGUGUUGCAUUGAAGGCUGCGAAACGAAUGAAGUUAAGCAGGAAAGUGUCACAGUUGAUAGUGAGGAAAAAGCAGGCAACGCCACGCCGCGCUUAUGGCACUUUCCACAGGACGAUGCGUUGCGCGACAAGUGGUGCCAUAAUCUAGGCCUCAGCGCACAAGACAAGCAAAUAAGUCCAACAAGUCGCCAUUGGCGCAUUUGUAGUCGCCAUUUUGAGUCGUACUGUAUUGGCAAGUCGUUGCGGAAGUGGGCUGUGCCCACAUUACAUUUGCCCAAACUUGUCAAGAAUGCCAAGACAGGCAAGCGCUCCACAUUUGUCUACCAAAAUCCCGACAGCGCAGCUCUCUACUAUCGCUGCUGUAUUAAUACAUGCCGUCAACAACGUGACUUAGACGCUGGUAUACGCCUAUAUAGUUUUCCCAAAAAUGACACAUUGCUACAGAAGUGGGCGCAUAAUAUACGCAUGCCGGCAGUGAAAUGUCGUUAUGCGCGCAUUUGUACGUUACAUUUCGAGGCGCAGUGCCUGCGUCCGCAACUGCAAACCUGGGCUAUACCCACUAUCGAUUUGGGCCACGAGGAGGCGGACAUCUUCCGCGUUCCGAAAGUGAAGUUAAUGGUAACAGGUGAGCGCUGUUGCUUGCCGCACUGCAACAAACGGCGCAGUCGAGACAAUGUGCACCUGUUCGGUUUUCCACGCGAUGAACGCGUUUUGAGCAAAUGGUGGCAUAAUUUGGCGAUUGGCGCACAGGACGUCAAGCGGCGUGCCAUAUGUGAAUCACAUUUUGAGCGGCGUUGCAUCAAUUUACGUCGACUGAAGCGUUGGGCCAUACCUACUCUCAAUUUGGGGCAUAAAAACGAAAUACUAGAGAAUCCCACACCUGAAGAAGUGUUGUCAUAUGAAAACAAUAGCGCAACAGCGCGACGCUCACAAACGCCAUCAAAGCUAGCGCGCACAAAAGCCACAGCGCAAGCUUCAACAACCACAAAUACUACACAGAAAUGCGCCAUCGCCAGCUGUGAGCGUACCGCUGAUGCCAGCGCGCUCUAUCGUUUCCCCAAACCGGACUGGUUGCGUCAGAAGUGGUGCGAUAAUACGCGUCUAGACAAAGAGGCAGCUAAGCAGGCGAAAAUAUGCGCGCGUCACUUUGAAUCGCACGUUAUGGGCAAUCACAAACCGCGUCCCUGGGCGCUACCCACCCUAGAGUUGGGCGUAGACGAACAUGGCGCGCCACUAACCGCCGCGCAUGCGAAUCCCAAACAGCUGUCGCGCUUCCAUCCGGAAGAGCAUGAAUGGGGUGAGUUACGCUAUGUGCGUGCCAAUCAUUGCUCGAUAAUCUCAUGCAUGAAGUCGAAAAAAGAUGGCGUAGUGCUCUUCAAUUACCCCACCAAUCGUCUUAUGCUGCAAAAAUGGGCUGAGAAUUGUCGCCACUACCCAUAUCAGGCGAAACGCUACCGUUUCCAGCUAUGCGCCUCACACUUCACUCCUGAGUGCUUCAAGCGUGAAGGCACACGCUUACGCAAAGGCUCAGUACCUACGCUAAACUUGGGACACGACGAUACGCAGAUACAUGAGAGCGAGUUCGAAACCAUUGUUGCGCCGGUAAUUGUCGAGAAGAAAGUGAAAAUUUGCAGUGUGCCAAAAUGUGGACGCACAAACGAAAGUGACGGCGUGCGUCUAUUCAAGUUUCCCAACGAACGCACUGAGGUGCUAGAGAAAUGGUGCUACAAUUUACGCAUGAAUGCAGCCGAUUGUCGCGACGCGUACAUAUGUAAUAUGCAUUUCGAACCGCGCUGCGUCGGCGGUGGUCGUUUACUGCUACGCGCCAUACCCACCAUGUUGUUGGGGCACAACGAACCAGAUAUACUACCCAAUCCCGACUCCUUCGACCGUCCAGAAAAGCUGAUUAGUUGCUGUGUAUCCGGCUGCAAUAAUAACAAACAAACGCCAGGCGUCAUAUUAAGCGCUUUUCCAAAAUCACGCACUCAAUUUGACAAAUGGGCACACAAUCUUCAACUGCCCGCCACCGCCACUGUGUGGCACACAUAUAAAAUAUGCAGCGAUCACUUUGAGCGCUAUUGCUAUGAACAUGGCCGCAUCAAGGUAGGCGCCAUGCCAACGCUGAAAUUGGGCACGAACAACAGCAGCGCUGUUGAUUUGUAUACCGUUAGCGAAGAGGUGAUGAGUCAUUCGUUCAAACGUAAGCGUGCAACGGUUAAAAAUGAGACCUUAAAGUUGCCACAGGAGAGCUGCUGCUAUGCGAAAUGCCGCGAAAUGGAGCUACGGAUGUCACAACAACUCUUUGAGUUCCCAAAACUAGCGGCAAUAAGACGGGCAUGGCGCGUUAGUGCAGGCUUGUGUGCGGAGACGGAAGAGGAAGUGAAGAAUGAACAGAUCAAGGACAAUGAUAAUAAGAUAAUUGAAGUAAAGUGUGUGGACAAAAAAGAAGCAGAAGCAGCAGAAAAUAUGUCAAACAUAAAAAUUGUGGAAAUUAAGAGCGAAGCAAACGCUGUUGAUGUUGCAACUGCAAGUGAAAUCGCUAAAAAAUCACAAAAGAUAUGUCCAAUGCAUUUCAAAUUACUCUACAUAGAACAUAAAGCCCUCAAAGACUCCCUCAAGGCAAGCGCAACGCAAAAGGAGGAUCAACAAAUUUUACAAAAACUCGACGAUACAUUUGAAAAGGUUUGCGAUUUCUCCUGUGUACGACGCAUUAGCUGUGCCGUACCCGGUUGCAAUUCCAAUUAUCUCACCACAGAGACGCUCAAGUUUUUCAAAUUCCCACAAAACCCGGAGUUGCUGGCCAAAUGGUGUCACAAUACGCAAACUGUUAUCGACUCCGAUCGCUUGUAUUGCUUUAGAAUAUGUGAAUUGCAUUUGGAAAAGAUUUGCAUAUCGCAACAAGCUAAGAAAUUACAACGCUUGAAAGCUUGGGCCAUACCCACACUAAAUUUGCCGCCUCGUACCCCAGAUAUGGUUGAUAUAUAUCCACUACCUGCGCCGGAAACAUGGCCUGAGACGAAACGCACGUCGCUGCUGCUCCACUCCUCCAUCAAUAAAUGUUGUAUACCCAGCUGUGUGUACGCCAAGGCGCCGGAAGAACGCACGGUGGAAGCUGAUAACGAAAUACAGUUUUUCAAUUUUCCCAACGAUGCCGAGCUCUUCUCAAAAUGGGUCUUUAAUACACAAAUUAGUAUGGUCUCGGCGGCUAAUGCGCGCAUUUGCUCGCUACACUUUGAAAAGCACUGUAUUAAUAAACGGCUGCGCAUGUAUGCAGUGCCGACGUUGCUGUUGGGACAUAACAGAACCGAUAUUUAUAAGAAUCCAUACAUUAAGCGUGUACAGGACGAGGCGGUAGAGAGCAAACCGGCGAAAUCUAGAAAGGUGAUCAAGAAAGAAGAGGACGAAGAAGAAGAUGAGAGUGAAGAUGAAGAUGAAGAGGAGGAUGAGGAUGAGGAUGAGGAUGAAGACACAGAUGAGGAUGAUGAUGUGAAAGAUGAAGAAGACGAAAACGAAAACGAAGAUGAAGUAGAAGAUGACGAUGAAGAGGCAGCUGAAGAUGAAGAGAACGAAAUAAUUGAAGAAAACACAAAGAAAGAACAAAACGUUAAGGAGCAGCUGAAAGAAGUGAAACGGCAGCUAAAAGGAAGUGUGUCGAAAUUUACUAAACCAAAAUUUGAACUCUCACAUGAAAUCGACACGCCCUCAAUGCGCAAAUCCACACCUACAGAUGAUAAAAAAGACCUAAAACCAACUAUUAAAACUAUAAACCAGCCGAAAGUGGAGCCGAAAGCACAGGUUAAUGCCGCCAAAACUGCGGCGCACGUGGCAAAGGCAUCCAGUGCAGAGAAAUCAUAUCACAAACCUUUCAUCGUAAAUGUCAAACAAGAAAGCAACGACUUUGACGAGAACGUAGACGAGGAAACCAACUUCGAGCACCAAAUGAAACAGGGUCUACUCGAUAUGUUCAAUAGUUUUGGUGACACCGCCGAGCAGGCGCAAGAUGAUGACGUACCCGACUAUGGCGACGACGUCGCACAAGGUGAACGCGAUACUGCGCGUCAUUGUCGCAUACCCGGCUGUGAUAGUUAUGCGCGCGAUCCGGCCGUAACACUAUUCAAGUUCCCACAACCUCCAGAUCAGUUCCGCAAGUGGUUGCAUAACACUCAACUCGAGGUGGACUACACCCGCCGUUGGCGUUAUCGCAUUUGCCAACGUCACUUUGAUCCGAUAUGCUUGAAUUUUCACAAAUUGCCGCCAGGCACAAUGCCCACGCGUAAUUUGGGUCACACGCGACCAGCGCAUAUUUAUGAAAACGAGUUUGAUAUGAAUGUUUUGAAGAAAUAUAAAAUUCGAUCGAAACAAAAUUUAAACACCACAAUGGCAACAGCAACAGCAACGACAGCCACAGUAACAAAAGCAAAUCCCCACCGUUAUGUAGACGAAUUGAAUGAUGAAGGCGAAACGAGCAGCUCAUUUGCUAUGCCCGCCGAUACUGUUGCUGAUUAUACUGAUGAUUACGCCGCAGAUUAUGUAGACACGACGCCCGCAGACCGCGACACCUCGCGCCACUGUCGCAUACCCGAUUGUAAUAGUCACGCCAAAGAUCCGGGGGUUACGCUCUUCAAAUUUCCCAUGUCCGAGUAUCUCUUUCACAAAUGGCUUUACAACACCCAACUCAAGGUGGAUUACACGCGUCGUUGGCGUUAUCGCAUUUGUCAGCGCCACUUCGAACCGAUCUGCAUGCAAUUCCGCAAGUUGCCACCUGGCACCAUGCCGACACUAAAUUUGGGGCCUUCGCGGCCGAAGCGCAUCUAUGAGAACAGUUUCGAUAUAAAUCAUUUAAAGAAGUUCAAAAUGAAACCACCGGCGCCCCCAGCGACAGUAACCACAACAGCUACGGAUAUGCCGCGUGCAAUGACAACACCAACAGCAUUGACGCCAUACAAUAACAAAGAGUAUAAAGAUGAAAUUGAUAUGGGCGGCACAAACGUGUCACAAAUACCACUGCUCUGCUGUACCGUGCGCAACUGCAGCAGCAAAUAUCAUGCACUCCACGAGGGCAUACAUCUGCAUAAAUUGCCAACGAAUAUUAUGCUGCGUGAGAAGUGGAUACACAAUUGCCGUUUCUCCGAGGACACGCUCGUCAGCGUGAAUACGCGCAUACGCAUUUGUACACUCCACUUUUCACCGCGCUGCUACUAUGGCAUUAAACAGCAAUUGAAGUUCGGUUCGGUGCCCACUUUGCGUUUGGGUCACACGGAUCCGAAUAUCUAUCCAGAUGGUUUUAGUAACCCCGGUGAGGCGUUGUUAGAGCUGCCUCAGCCUACGCGUCCCACACCGGCAUCCAUCUCCAAUGAUGCCAAUCAAGACAUUUGUUGUCUCAUCAAUUGUAAACACAGCCGAAGGGAAUAUACGCGCCAUUUCGCUUUUCCCACUGAGAAGGACAUGCUCGAUCUUUGGCUGAAAGCACUCGGCAUGGAAUUCAAUAGUUCACGUCCGAAUGACUAUAAAAUCUGUGAAUGGCAUUUCAAGGCGGCAGAUUUCGAUGGUGAAGUUUUGCGCGCUGAUGCGGUGCCAACGCGAAAUUUGAAAAUCGAUGAGCUCGAUCAGUCGGAUGAGGACGAUGAGAAUGACGAUGAUGAAGAGUUGCAAUGGCAUGGCGGAGAAGAGCCUUUGGAUGAGCGUCCAUCCACCUCGGCGGCAGCAGCUGCUGCAGCGGUUUCUACCAGCACCCCCGAUGGCUACAAUAGACUCAUUCCUGGCUCGCGCAAAUGCUGCCUAGCGCACUGCCGCAAACAAUUGUUCCAGGACAAUGUACGCACAUUUAAAUUUCCCACCAUGCCGGAACAGUUCGACAAGUGGGUACACAAUUUGGGUAUUAAAUAUGAUGGUGAUGCGCCAUGGCGCUAUCAAAUUUGUAGCGAACACUUCGAAGAGAAGUGUCUAAUACACUAUGAGAACAAAGCCAAGUUGUUUAGAUGGGCUGUGCCAACACUGAAAUUGGGCAAACAUGCGCCAGCAAUACUAUUUACAAAUGACAAACUUAAAAAGCCGAAGAAAAGAGAAACUGUCGACUAUGAACGCAGUUAUGCAAAUACGACUGCAAACCCCUACGCUGAAAUGGUGGACAAUGAAGAGACCAUGGAUACGAUAAAUGACGAACUGAGCUCAAAUGCACAGCCGUUGGAUAUGCCAAAACAAAUGGCCUACCAGCAAGAGGAUAUGGAUUUGCUGGCGCCCAUCGAACGCCAGCCGACGAAGAAGUUGAGUAGUACAGCAAAACGCAGCUGUGCGUAUACCGCAAGCAUGGAUGACGGUGAUUACUAUAAUAAUAAUAAUGAUGAUGAUGAUAUGGACAACGCCUAUGAUAUGGGUGAAGGUGAAAAUUCACUAUUGAAUGUGAUACGUGAGGAGAAGCCGAGCGCUGUGAAGGAGGGCACACCCUCCUCCUCGUUCUUCUCACUGCAGCUGGUGCGUGGCGGCUCGGCUAAAGUGCGCGCCUGCUGCCUGCCACACUGCGGCCGCACACGUGAGUCGGGCGUGCGUUUAUUCCGUUUUCCAACUGAACCGGUCUUCCUCAAACGUUGGGAAUACAAUUUGCGUGUAAUCUUCAAUGAGGCACAACGAAAUACGCACUUGAUUUGCAGCGCACAUUUUGAACGCGGACAAUAUAACAAGCGUUUAGUCGUAGAUGCCAUACCAACACUGAAUUUAGGUCACAACAGUACGGAUAUCUAUCGUAAUGGCCAAUUUGAGUCGGCAAGAAUGCGUUUGCCAGCGCUGGCCUCGCCGCCACUCAAACGCAUGGCACCGAUGUCUAGCGGUGGCGCAGGCCGCAAAGCGUUGCGUUGUAAUGUGCCUGCUUGUGGUGAUGCGCAGCCAAAACGACGUUUGUUCCCCUUCCCAAGCAAUCAUACGUUCAUUAAGAUUUGGGCCGAACGCACACAAAUUGCCUAUGAAAUGCGCUAUCACAAUGAGCUGCGUGUGUGUGAGUUACACUUCGAGGGAGAUUGUUUCAACGCGCACGGUUUGAACAACAACGCUGUGCCGACAUUGUGUUUGCCUGCACCAAAUGCUCUACCAAUGACUAAUGCAAUAGCGGCAGCAUCAACGCCUAAGCCGCUACUGCCACCCGCUGGCAGUCGCUCGUCAAUUUCAACGCUACAACCUCCAUCACCUGCCGCUAUGCCAAAAUUAAGCGCCAUCGCGUGCAGUGUUUCCAAUUGCGGCAACAAUACCGCUACACGCUCGGAUUUGAAAAUAUUCUCGAAAUUCCCAGAAGAUUUUGAAUUAUUCACCAAAUGGUGUUUCAAUUUGAAAAUCGAUCCGCGCACCUACGUGGAUGGCAGUUAUAAUGUGUGUAGCGAACAUUUCGAACCCUUCUGUAUUGGCGGUCACAGCUUGCGUGUCUGGGCCGUGCCAACGCUGCGUUUGGGUCACAACAGCAAACUAAUACACAGUGUAGAGCGACCUGCGGAAAUGGAGGCGAAAUGUUGCCUGCCCCAUUGUGGACGCAAGAAGAGCAAGGAUGGCGUGGAGCUCUACGGGUUUCCUAAAGGCGACCUCUACCGUCAAUGGUGCCAAAUAUUGCGAAUCGAUGAAAAUCUCUACCGUAAUUCGGACAAGAAAAUCUGUAGUGCACACUUCCGCGCAGAAUGUUUCAAUCCCAAUGGCUUACUACGACCGGGCGCACGACCCUCCCUACUGCUGCGCAAUCGUACGCCCACCGCAGCUGCGCAUAUACUCAAACCGCCAGCGCCGUAUCGCAGCAAGUGCAUUGUGCGUACAUGCCAUGAAAUGCAACAACUCUAUAGCUUCCCCGCACAACGUAAUCUCUGCACGAAAUGGUGUCACAAUCUGAAAAUCGAUUACUAUCCGAAACUGCACGAGAAUAUGAAUUUUAAAAUCUGUCGACGUCACUUCGAACCGAAUUGUCUAUUGAGCGGCGGCAAAUUGCAUGUCGAGGCAGUGCCAACCGUGCAGUUGGGCCACAACGAUGUGAAUAUUUAUCAAAAUUUGAUUGGCAUGAAGAAUAGCGGCGGUACGCCCAGCUACGAUGACAACAGCAGUUUGCGUACUAGUGUUAGCACCGUGCACACUUGGCUAAUGGAUGUCGAUGCGGAGACGAAUGCGCCUCAUAUGGCGCCUAACGCCGCUGCUGGUGGGGGUGGUGGUUCCGUUGGUGUUGGUGGCGUCGGCGGCUUGUUACGCAUGGAUUAUGAACCGCCGGCGGACUUGGAACCCGUCACAGUGGCCACUGAGAAUAUCGCCGAUGAUAAUAUGGAUCUAACUGAUAAUACAUAUAUGCAGCUGGAAGAUGACACUUACUAUGCGGACUUUGAAGAGCAACGUCUGCUACCGCAGAGUAGCACAUUUAUAGCAGCUGAAAGUACAGAAGUAAUAGAUUUAGACGCAGUGGAUGCAGUGCAAGAACAAUUUCCGAAUUGGUCACAGGACGAUGCGGUCCUGGUCGACGAUGAUGACGAUGCAGAUGAUGAUGCGCUGUUGUGGCCGUUGAAUUGAAUAGUUUUAUAAGUGAAAAUGAGUAAAAUUAAAGCGAUACAUUAUACAUAUAUUAGUGAUGUAGAUUAGUUAUUUAAGUGAAAAGUUCAGCAGACAAAGUGGUGCAAGAGAGUUGAGUUUGUAAUGUCGCAUGGCGUGAGCGAUGGAAGAGCGAGCGACUGGUGUAUGAAUACAUAUGUGCUUGAAUAAUAAUGUAAGAGCGUUUAGAAUGGUAAGGCAAAUGUGUGACAGUGCACAGUGCGUGUAGGCAGCUGAAAAUAUUAUACAUAUAUUUACUUACAUGGAAACACAUGCAUACAUAUGUACAUAUAUGUAGGUGAUGUGUAUUAUGUAUGUAUAAGCACUAUACAAAUAAAUACAAUAAAUAUAUACAUAUUUGGUAAAAAUGA